GGUAGGCUUUCCUUCCUGCUCUCCUUCCAGUUGUGGUGCCUGUGGCUCCACACCGGUCAGAACUUUUAUGGAUGCAAAUCAAAACUCUUAAGACUCCCAAACUCCAGGGAUCACCGUACUUUGGAUUUCCUUUUUUUUAUUAUUAUAUUAACAUUUUAUUCUACUUAAUUUUAUCUUUUUGUGGAUUUAAAACCUGAAGAAACAUGGUCUUUUCCAGCUGCCCAUGAGAGAAUAUGUUUUAGUCUAAGAUGGAAUAAUGGCCCUAGGUUUGAGGAACAAAUCUGGAAUGGGAAUUCAGACUGCACAAGUCCUGGUAGUUUCCUGGUUGUGACAGAUGAGACAUGAGAUCUUCAGCUUCCAGGCUUUCGAGUUUUUCCUCAAGAGAUUCAUUAUGGAAUCGGAUCAUGCCGGACCAGAUCAGCGUGUCCGAGUUCAUCGCGGAGACCACCGAGGACUACAACUCGCCCACGACGUCCAGCUUCACCACCCGCCUGCAGAACUGCCGCAACACCGUCACGCUGCUGGAAGAGGCAUUGGAUCAAGACAGGACUGCACUGCAGAAAGUGAAAAAAUCUGUGAAAGCAAUAUAUAGUUCAGGACAAGAUCAUGUUCAAAAUGAAGAAAACUAUGCACAAGUGCUGGAUAAAUUUGGAAGUAAUUUUUUAAGUCGGGAUAACCCAGAUCUUGGCACAGCUUUUGUCAAGUUUUCCACACUUACUAAAGAAUUAUCAACGCUGCUGAAGAACCUGCUCCAGGGUUUAAGCCACAAUGUUAUUUUCACUUUGGAUUCUCUAUUAAAAGGAGACUUAAAGGGUGUUAAGGGGGACCUUAAAAAGCCUUUUGACAAAGCCUGGAAGGAUUAUGAAACCAAAUUUACAAAAAUUGAAAAGGAGAAACGAGAACAUGCAAAACAGCACGGGAUGAUACGAACAGAGAUAACAGGAGCUGAGAUAGCAGAAGAGAUGGAGAAGGAAAGGAGGCUUUUUCAGCUGCAGAUGUGUGAAUAUCUUAUUAAGGUUAAUGAAAUCAAGACAAAAAAAGGUGUGGACCUUCUGCAGAAUCUUAUUAAGUAUUAUCAUGCCCAAUGCAAUUUCUUCCAAGAUGGCUUGAAAACAGCUGAUAAACUUAAACAAUACAUUGAAAAGUUGGCUGCUGAUUUGUAUAAUAUAAAGCAGACCCAAGAUGAAGAAAAAAAACAACUUACUGCUCUCCGCGAUUUGAUAAAAUCAUCUCUGCAGCUUGACCAGAAAGAGUCUAGGAGAGAUUCCCAGAGCAGGCAAGGAGGUUAUAGCAUGCAUCAGCUUCAGGGGAAUAAAGAAUACGGCAGUGAGAAGAAAGGUUAUCUUUUAAAGAAGAGUGAUGGUUUAAGGAAGGUUUGGCAAAGAAGAAAAUGCACUGUUAAAAAUGGAAUUCUUACCAUAUCACAUGCAACGUCUAACAGGCAACCAGCUAAACUGAAUUUACUGACCUGCCAAGUGAAGCCAAAUGCUGAAGAUAAGAAGUCUUUUGAUCUAAUUUCACAUAACAGAACAUACCACUUUCAGGCAGAAGAUGAACAAGAAUACGUAGCAUGGAUAUCAGUAUUGACCAACAGCAAAGAAGAAGCAUUAAAUAUGGCAUUCCGUGGAGAGCAGAGCACAGGGGAAAACAGUCUAGAGGACCUGACCAAAGCCAUUAUAGACGACAUACAGAGAUUACCCGGCAACGAAGUCUGUUGUGAUUGUGGCUCACCAGAUCCAACGUGGCUAUCAACUAAUUUGGGCAUUUUAACGUGCAUAGAGUGUUCUGGAAUACAUAGAGAAAUGGGUGUCCAUAUUUCUCGAAUCCAGUCAUUGGAAUUAGACAAACUAGGAACGUCUGAACUCUUGCUGGCCAAGAAUGUAGGAAAUAAUAGUUUUAACGAUAUUAUGGAAGGGAAUUUACCUAGUCCUUCACCUAAACCCACUCCAUCAAGUGAUAUGACUGCACGUAAAGAAUUUAUCACUGCUAAAUAUGUAGAUCACAAGUUCUCUAGGAAGACCUGUGCGUCCGCAGCAGCUAAACUGAAUGAAUUACUUGAGGCUGUCAAAUCCAGGGAUUUACUUGCACUAAUUCAAGUCUAUGCAGAGGGAGUAGAGCUAAUGGAGCCGCUGAUAGAGCCUGGACAGGAGCCGGGUGAAACAGCACUUCAUUUAGCAGUCCGGACUGCUGACCAAACCUCUCUCCAUCUGGUUGACUUCCUUGUACAAAACUGUGGAAACCUGGAUAAGCAGACAGCAUUGGGCAAUACAGUUCUACACUACUGCAGUAUAUAUAAUAAGCCUGAGUGUUUGAAAUUGCUUUUGAGGGGGAAGCCAACUAUUGAUCUGGUAAACCAAGCUGGAGAGACGGCUCUGGACACAGCCAAAAGAUUGAAAGCUGUCCAGUGUGAAGAACUGCUUUCUCAGGCUAAGGCAGGAAAGCUAAAUCCUCAUGUCCACGUGGAGUAUGAGUGGAAUCUUCGUCAGGAAGAAAUCGAUGAAAGUGAUGAUGAUUUGGAUGAUAAGCCUAGUCCUAUAAAAAAAGAAAGAUCUCCACGACCCCAAAGUUUCUGUCACUCUUCCAGUAUUUCUCCCCAAGACAAAAUGACUCUUCCUGGAUUUAGCACUCCCAGAGACAAGCAAAGACUCUCCUAUGGAGCUUUCACCAAUCAGAUUUUUGCAAGCACAGAUUCGCCAACCUCUCCAACUGCAGAUGCUCCUCCUCUCCCUCCUAGAAAUGCUGGCAAAGGCCCACCUUCAACCCUCCCUCUAAGCACCCCAGCCUCUAGUGGCAGCUCCACUCUGUCCAAGAAGAGGCCACCUCCCCCGCCCCCAGGACACAAACGAACCCUCUCUGACCCACCAAGCCCACUACCUCACGGACCCCAGAAUAAGGGCCCAAUUCCUUGGGGUAAUGAUUUGGGCCCACCUUCAACUAAGGCUGCAAACAAGUUUGAGGGGAUGUCUCAGCAGUCAAGCACUGGAACUGCAAAGACUGCACUUGGCCCAAGAGUUCUUCCCAAACUACCUCAGAAAGUGGCACUAAGGAAAAUAGAAACCAGUCAUCAUCUUUCAAUAGAUAAAUCCAAUCAGCAUGCGGAAAUGUUCCACAAGUCUUCGCUGUCCAUCGAUAUACCACAGAAACCACAACCUGGAGACCUGCCCCCAAAGCCUCUGCCUCUGGAACUAACUCAGAAACCUCAAGUGGGAGAUUUGCCCCCAAAGCCUGGAGAGCUGCCCCCAAAGCCUCAGCUGGGAGACUUGCCGCCAAAACCACAGCUUGGAGAUUUACCUCCAAAGCCACAAAUGAAGGACCUUCCUCCAAAACCUCAGCUAGGAGAGGUGUUGGCUAAAACUCAAGGUGGAGAAGCAUCACCAAAGCCUCAGCCUGCAGAGGCAAAUCAGAAGUCUCACUCGUUAGAUCUUUCUCCAAAUGUACAAUCUAGAGACCCUGUCCAAAAACAAGCAUCUGAAGAGUCUAAUGACAUAGCACACAGCCUGCCAGAAACCCCUGUGCCACUUCCUAGGAAAAUAAAUAUGGGAAAAAACAAGGUUAGGCGAGUGAAGACCAUUUACGACUGCCAGGCGGAUAACGACGACGAGCUCACGUUUGUCGAAGGAGAAGUAAUAAUUGUAACCGGUGAAGAGGACCAGGAGUGGUGGAUUGGCCACAUCGAAGGACAGCCAGAGAGGAAAGGGGUCUUCCCAGUGUCCUUUGUGCACAUCCUGUCAGACUAGGAAAGCCAAGAGACAAGAAACCCUACACUUGAGCAUUGCACAUCCUUCAUGCAAGACGGGCUUUUUAGCAAAAGCGAACGCUGCUGCCUCCCUGUAAUCCCGUGCACAACUGUGUAUAUAGCUGCUGUUCCGAAAUAAGAAUUCAUUUAAGUUUCACCUCAUGAGGUUGAAUUAUAUGUAUUGUAAAUAUACUGUGUUAUUCUGCCUUUGCCAGUAUUAUGGUAGCCUUGGAACCUGGCACGCCUUAUUGGGUUUGUUGAAGCCAUCCUCGGCAUCUAGCACUUACAUCUUUGUCUAUGCUGUUAAAAACCUGUAUGAACCGCCAGCUUUCCAAACAUAGGUGGUCUCCAUCAACCACACGACUGUACAGAAAUGACUGUUCCUGAUAACUCGGUAUUCUCAAUAUACAAUUAGCAGAACGUUAGAAAUGAGUGAAUGGUUUUGGACAAUUGAAAAAUCAGUCUGCAGUUUAUCAGUGUACGCAGUUUACAGUUAUGAAACCCACUUUGGUAUUUAUUUAAUAUAGUACUCGGUUAAGUGUAAUUAUGAAGACAAAUAUUCACUGACUUUACAGAUAACAGUAAUGUUUUAUGGUGUGCAUACAGCAUUUCAUGUUUAUAUUAUGUGGACCUUUGCCAAACUGUGAUUGCAGUUYCCCUGUGAUAUUACCUCACUAUAAAAAGUUACAAACUUAUUUCAUUCGAAAACUUAUGUUAAUGGAAAUUAGUCAUAUUGUUCUUUAGUAGAUAUAUGUGAAAUUUGCUGGUUUCUUUCACUGAAUUCUUAGUAACCAAGGACUUCUAGAAAAUGUUAACUGUUGACAUUAUGCAUGCAUUUAGAAGCUUACUUGAAACCUGCCUUUGUGCAAAAGUAGUACUGUAGUUACAUAGCUACAUUUGAAGAACAGAAAAAAAAAAAUUGCUAUUCAAAUUAAUGUGAGCUUGCAACAGUAUUUGUUUAUAGCUAAUUGGCUCUUUGAACAAUGAUUUUGUGUGUGCUAUAUUUUUUUCCUCUGUCUUCAACCUUGCUAAAAGUUAGUUACCUAAAAUAAAAUUUCUUACGUGGUGGUAUAAGGAUAAAUUUAAAUUAUUGUUAAUUGCUCUAAAAAUGGAUGUUAAGAUGAACUUUCAUGCAUUUGAUCAGGCUAUUAAUAAUAUAACCCACAUCACGAGUACCAAGCUGUGUUGAGUAGAUUUCACUAAACUGAAUUUGUAAUAGUCUUAAUUCAAAGCACCAACAAGAAAGAAUACCGUUACAAAGGUAAUUUCUCAGAAAAUCAGUGGAAGGUUGCAUUUGACCGGUGGUUUCUUGAAAGUUGGUAUAAAAUUGCUUUGCCAGAAAACACCUAAAUGUAGUAGUGAAAACAGUCAUUUGCUAUCUCACUUUCAACAGCAUUUUGAACUUCAAAACCUAAUGAAAUUAUGRUCUUGCCCCCUCCUUCCCCUGUUUGUCUAUAGCAGGUUUUAUAACUUUCAUAUGUAGUUUUGUAUUACUUGUUUUAAAUGUUAUUUUGGCAUCAGUACCUAGUUCUGCUGUUUCAAAGCAGAUUGUCUUGGCUGCAUAGAAAGACUUUUUUCAUUUCAUAAAAGCACAUCUCAAACUUUCUGAAGGCGUUCAUUUUUAAUCCAGUUUUACAAGACUGUAGUCAGUGAAUAUUUAAUUCUGUUUAUGUGGCAAGUAUGGAAACAAGUAUUGGUGUGAAUCAAACACGGAGGAAUGCAAGUGUUUAUCAACUAUUAAUGGUUUUAUCGUUUAUGACAGUUUUAUUCCAAGAAAAAUUAUGACACGAGUGAGCGAGCCUGCUGGCAUCUCAUCUUCAGUAUUACCACUUCCAGUAUUUCAGACUUUAUUCUUUUUUUUUUUUUUUUUUUUUUUUUAAUUGAAAGGAAGUCAGGACUGGCGUUUAUUUAGCAUUCCAUUUUAUCCAUUAAUACAAUGAUUUAAGUUGCAUUAAAGAACAAAACCUAUUCACUUUUGUGGUUAAUUGUAUUUUUAAGUGAUCUUGAAAUAAACUGAUAAAAGCAAACCAUAUAAAGAAAACCUAGGCAUGUAAAAUUAUGUAGAGUCAAAUGUCUAUUCUUUUCUACGCUCUUUAAAAUAGUAUACAUAUGCAUUUUAUAAAAUUAAAUGAGUUCCGCUGGGAACAAUAGUUCUGUUUAUUCUGGCUUAUUGUGGGUCAUGAGAAAUCUGAAAAUGUAUGAUAUUGAUUGAGUUUAGUACAGUAUUAUAUUUGAACUCAAUGAGCCACUGUCUGCAAUUUUGUA